AUGGCUUUCGGAUAUGUGCAGGCUGUUUAUCAACUCGUUGCUCUUAUCCAAGCGUCCGUCGCACCCUCCCAGGCUCUUGGAAUCCUUUCACAUGACGUACCAUACUACCCACCCUACCUCAACACGUUGUCUCUCGUGAUAGACUCGUCACGAACCAAUGAAACGGUGUAUGGGACCCUAUGCUACUACUCAACUCGUUCUGACCUCCAGGAUAUGGAAUACCUGUUCGUCGACAUGACCACAACGCUUUACGCACCCGACAAACCACUUGGUCAUCGUGUGCUAGCCCUGCCCUCCCAUACUAGUCCUGCAAAGGUCAUUCUCUGGGCGGGCACCAUCGACAGCGGACAGCCCAGCCUGACCGACCCAGGACGUCGGGAACUGUACCAGUCCUCGACGACAUAG